UACCGGAACCGGAUAUCUAAUUUGUUUACAAUGGCCGAGACGAAUGAAGACGAAAAUCAGAAACCUGUCAUUAAAACUGAAGCUGUGGACAAUGAAACAACAGACAGUGCUUCAAAUUAUGCCUUCCAAACAGAAAAUCAGUUCAACCCAUACAAUGUUAACAUGGAACAAUGGUUGAUGGAAAAGUUAUACCGUCAGAACGAAAUGUACCUUAGAAGUCUGAGUGCUGCUGCAGCGGCAGCAACAGCAACAGCAUCGGUGUCAACACCUGCUUCUUCUUCAUCGGCAUCUCCAUCAUACAGCACAGAACAACAAACUACCGAUACGAUAUUGAAUGGAACAACAGCCCCACAAGAACCAGAAAAAACACCUGAAGACAAUCGAGGUGCAAACUCCUCAAUUUUGCAAAUCUUGUCAACUCCCCCAACAUAUGCAGCUGCAACUUUAGCCAUGGAUGCCGCAGACAAGAAAAGAAAAGAAUUGUCAUUGAAACAAAAAGUUGAUAUGAUACAAGCAAGCAAUGGGAAAAGCCAGAGACAGCUUGCUGAUGAAUUCAAUGUGUGUAAAAGUCAGGUCCACAAUAUCAUGAAAAGAAAAGAUGAAAUAUUAGAGACAUUUGAAUAUUCAACGCCAUCGAAUAGAAAAAGACGAUUUAUAAGGACAGAAAAUGAAGAAAUCAAUAUAUUGACACUUCAGUACUAUUUGAAAAUGAAAGAAAUGGAAAUAAAUGUGACAGGUUCAAUGCUACAAAGAAAGGCAAGGGAAGUUGCUCAACAGUUGGGUAGAACUGAAUUUAAAGCAUCUAAUGGAUGGCUUGAAAGUUUUCGAAAAAGACACAAAAUAGGAUCCUGUUAUUCUGGGAAUAAUAGUCCACAUGGUUCAGAAAGACUGCCUUCAUUUCCAAGCUUUGCAAAUAUAAUUAAAAGACACGGAAACACUACAGAGGAAACUCCUUCAUCAACACAGCAGGGUAAUGAACCAAGUCCAGAAACAGAGCAACCACCAAUUCAUAUAAAUGAACCAACAAUACAUGUACAGCAACCACAACAUCAAGUACAAGUACAACACCAAGCACAACAUCAACAUCUUCACAUGAAUGGUUUCUCACCUCAUACAGUUGCAUUUGCAUAUCGUAUAGAGACUGAUAGUUUCGGUGAGAUACACGUUCCAUCCAGUAAAUACUAUGGUGCUAACACUGCCAGAUCUGUGCUCAAUUUUGACAUUGGUGGACCUUCAGAAAGAAUGCCAAUUCCUGUAAUAAGAGCUCUAGGAAUAUUAAAAAGAUGCUCAGCUGAAGUUAACCAGGAGUAUGGUCUAGAUCCUUCUGUAGCCAAUCUUGUUAUACAGGCAGCUGAUGAAGUAAUCGAAGGUAAACUAGAUGAACACUUUCCUUUGGUUGUGUGGCAGACUGGAUCUGGUACCCAGUCCAAUAUGAAUGUAAAUGAAGUAAUUAGUAAUAGAGCUAUUGAGAUAGCAGGUGGUCAGAUGGGAUCAAAGAAACCAGUCCACCCUAAUGAUCAUGUUAACAUGAGCCAAAGUUCAAAUGAUGCCUUUCCAACAGCUAUGCAUGUAGCUGUGUGUUUAGAAGUUCAUACAAGGUUGUUGCCAAGUCUUCAAAUUCUAAAGAGUACUAUGUUAGCUAAAAGCGAGGAGUUCAAAGACAUUGUCAAAAUAGGAAGAACACAUUGUCAGGAUGCAACACCACUGACUUUAGGACAGGAAUUUAGUGCUUAUGUUGUACAGAUAGAGUAUGGUAUACAAAGAGUCAGUAAUACAUUACCAAGACUGUAUGAACUGGCUGCAGGAGGAACAGCGGUGGGUACAGGCCUUAACACAAGAAUAGGUUUUGCUGAGAAAGUGGCCAGUAAGAUAGCAGAAUACACAAAAAUUCCGUUUAGAACCUCCAGUAAUAAGUUUGAAUCAUUAGCAGCACACGAUGCUCUGGUUGAGGCUCAUGGGGCAUUAAAUGUGAUAGCUGUAAGUCUGAUGAAGAUUGCUAAUGAUGUAAGACUACUGUCAUCAGGACCACGGUGUGGUAUAGGGGAAAUCUCCAUUCCAGAAAACGAACCAGGAAGUAGUAUUAUGCCAGGCAAAGUGAAUCCUACCCAAUGUGAAGCAGUAACCAUGGUAGCAGCUCAGGUGAUGGGCAACAAUACAGCUAUUUCAGUUGGUGGUUCAGGAGGACACUUUGAGCUCAAUUGUUACAAACCAAUGAUGGUCAGAAAUGUAUUGCAGUCUGUCCGUCUGCUUGGAGAUUCCUGUUUAUCAUUUGCCAAAAACUGUGUAUUAGGAAUCAGACCAAAUAUUGACCGAAUUAAUCAAUUAUUAAAUGAAUCUCUUAUGUUAGUGACCGCUCUUAACCCUCAUAUAGGGUAUGAUAGUGCUUGUAAAAUUGCAAAGCUUGCUCAUCAAGAUGGCUCAACUCUUAAAGAAGCAGCUCUCAAGUUAGAGCUGCUAACACCUGAACAAUUUGAUGAAUGGGUUGUGCCAACUGAUAUGCUAGGGCCUAAAUAACUGUUUAAUCAAAUCAAAGAUCAAAGGCACUCUAUAUCAGGUCAUAAUUUAAAUAUUUUUUCUUUAGGUAUUUUUGUCAUAAUAUUUGUUGGGAACACAAACAUGCUUUUAUUUUAUUUGUUCAUAAUCUGACAGUAAAAUGAGAAAGAUUUUUUUUUAACCAGAUUUUAUUUAUUUUACAUAUUUUGUUGAGAUUGAAAAUGCAUUUUUAUUUUACUUCACAAUCUAAUUGGGAAGUUAUAAUACAGUAGACCCCACCUAAUCAGAUAUCAGCUAAAUGAUUAUAUCAGCUAUUGUAAAAUAAUUUCAAUACACCAAAGCUUCCCUCUAUGUUUAAUGCUAAUUUUAUCGUGUAAUCGAAUAUUGGAUAUAAAAUAUAUCAACAAAUUGGAUAUGAAUAUUCAGUAAAAUUUAGUUAAAACCAUGCACAAUCAGAUAUUUUCAAUGUUAUUCUGACAGGAAAUGGACCCAGGAGUUAUUCAAGUACAUUCUUUCAGCGGGAAUUUCUCGCUACAUUGAAGACCUGUUGGUGACCUUCUGCUGUUGUAUUUUUAUUUGGUCGGGUUGUUGUCUCUUUGACACAUUCCUCAUUUCCAUUCUCAAUUUUAUUUCAGACAAGAUUAGUUCAAAUCAUUAUUUCUGAAUAUUUAAUGAAUAUACAUUUAUCGUCUAAUUGAAUAUAUCAGGUUAAGGGAUAUUUAGGGUAUCUGAUUUGCCGGAGUCUACUGUACAUUUACCUACAAAGUACUAUUAAGAUCUGUUUAUUGUUCAAACUUGUUACAUGUCAGAUUGUUGUUAUUGUCAGCAAAACAGUUGUGCAUUUAUGAAAAAAAUGUUUUUGUUGUUGUUGAUUAUUCUUGAUAUUUUACAUCAGGAAAAAUUCUAUUAAAUGUUAUAACUUCUAUGA